CAGCUGAUUUCAAGAUGGCGGAAGAGUUUAUCGUCCAAUACAGCGUGCAAAGUAACCCGAGUUAUACCACGAAUCUGGCUCUAUUUACGGAUGUGACAAACAGUAGCGAGCUUAGGCAACUGAUCAUCCAGGGAAAAAUAGAAGCUGCCCUUUUAAAUGCAUCUAUGGUACUGUCAUUUCACUUGUAUAUUUAUUGGGUUAGCUCACAUGUUACCAUACAUAAGCUUAGGUUGAGACUUGAGGAGAAAGUUUGCUUGCAUUUGGAAGAAUUUCAGAGAAAGCAGAGGUCAAUAAGCGUACAUAUGAAUAUAAACACACCCGUUUUUAAAUACGUUGCAAUUUGAAAAAAAAGAUGGAAAUAUGUACACCUUUUGCUUACAUAUAUAUGGUAUAUGAGUCCACGGUUGACAAGUUUGGGGGUACGAGAUAAAACCAAUGGAAGAUUUUUAUAUUCAAUGCGAUGCGAAAAAACUUGCCGAGGAUUCUGCACUUUAGCUGCUUGAAAAGUAACCAUAUUUUACCCAGCAACUUCUGUAUGUCAUAGGCAGACCAGCUACAAGUUUAUUCUGUAAAGUCACAGGCUUUGUAUUUCUCUAGAGAGUGAUUGUGUAUGCGGUAUAUGCCUGUGAUUAUGCUUUUUAGAUCAUAGACCCAUUUCAUGUGGCAAUAGCAGGACACAAAGCUCUGCAACUGUUUCAACAAGGAAAGAUGAAGACCAAGACACUUCACUCAGAGAUUGUUUUUAAUUUGUCCCCCUCCACAAAUGUAAGAAAAUAUAUUAAGUAAUAAUACAUUGAAGAAACUUAGCUGAGGUAUUAGUGCAUAGCCCCACCUAUAAAGCAAGUAAUUUUUUUUUAAGCAGGUCUUUAAAACACUUUGGAUUGUGAUAAUGAAUGAAUUCCCUUUUUGUGGAUUAACCCAUUGCAUCCUAAGAGUGAUAAACAUCUAAUUUCUCCUUUCUGUAUCACCCUUUAAUCACACAUUAACCCUCUCACUCCCAUGAGUGACCAUGAAAGAAUUUCUCCUAACAAUAUCAAGACAACAUCAAGAAGAUAAGUAAGGAGAAUAAAGAAAAAUAUAAAUCAGGGGAUCAUUGGUUGAUCCAAACCCAAAUUCUCCUAACUAAUAUCAUAAGAAUUGUAUGGAAGACAGAAAGGAGAAUUACUUAUGAGAUCUUGGGAGUGAAAGGGUUAAAGUCACACAAGAAUAAAGAAAAUGAUUAUUAACUAAAGAAACUCCUGAUUUUUAAACAAAUUCUCCUUGUCAGAUCAUUAGGAAAUGUAUAGAGAACAGUAUGGAGAAUAUGCAUACUGAUAUUAGGGUGUAAAGGGUUAAGUGGAUUAUAGAUGAUACAGUCUUGACUGUGUGUAUAUGUUACAUUGUGGGGGAUGCAGUAUCCUAAUGCAUAGUGCACUAGACUGUGGGUCAAGAGGUUUGAUUUUAUUCCCUGGCUGGAUCAUUGUGUUCUGUUCUUGGGCAAGAUACUGUAUUUUCACAGAGCAUCUCUCCACCCAGGAGUGUAACUGAGUACUGGGGAAGUGUUAGGGAAGCCUGAUGAAAUGCUGGGGGGUAACCUUGCAAUAGACUGGUAUCCCAUCUGGGGGAGGAGGGUAGUUGCACUCUUAGUCACUUCAUUCUACAGAAACAGUAUUGAAUUGCAGCCAGAUGGGGCCAGUUGGCCUGAGUGUUGAGUAAUACAUAUUAUAGUAUUGAUGAAAUGGAGCUUUUUAUUAAUAUAUGCCUGUAUCAUAAUGAAUUUAUGUGAGUUUGGAACUGAAUCUUUUGCCAAAGAAUCAGAGAAACAUAUUAAAACUGAUGCUACCAUCCUUACAGUGGCCUAUACAGUGGCCUAUACAGGCUUUCCUUGUAAGAAUUGAAUUCUCACCUAAGAUUAUUUUAAGUGCUUAGUCAAAUCUCCAACACCCUGGGAAAAGGAGAAUCUAAGAAUGGCUGGGAUAUUAAUCUUGUCAUUGAAAAGAAGGUAUUAUCCAUCAAACUGGUGUGAAAUAUCUUAUAUGAUUGUUUUUAGAUAAAUGAAUCUUUCAAGAAAUUUGGAAUACUAGACAGUACAACAAGUGUGUUAGUUGUCAUUGUGACUCAAGAAAAUGCCAACAAAAAGGUUUGCACAAGUUUCAUACCUGGUAUCUACAUUUGUUAGUUUUUAAAACUUUACUACAUCAGACAGUCAUCUACUUCUUGACUGUGAUAUUAGUACUUAGAAUAUACCACACAAGUGAACAGUGCCUUUCAUGUGUGCUGAUUGGCUAGUUCAGAAGUGAAUAGCAAGUUGUAUUCACCAUCAUGUCUAUGGUGUUAUUUGUGCAUAGCUUUACUUUAGAAAGGCACAGCAUUGACACUUGUGCUAUUGAGGAAUUUGGCUACAUGUGACUAUUAGAAAUAAUUCAUGUCUUUUGGAAUAUUAAUGUUAUGUGUCAAUUAUUUUUUUGAGACAGAUUCUUGAAUGCAAAGUUCGUGACAGAAAUAAGGUUUUUUUGGAAAUACAAAGUUCAUUAAGGCUCUCAGAGAAUUUCUAAGUUUAAUUUGUACAGUAGGUUUGCGGCCUAAAAACUGUGGAACUUAAAUGAAAGAAAAUAGAAAAAGAAAGAAGUUGAUUUUUAAGUCCAAACUUUUGGUAUAAAUUGCUUAGUUUUGAACAUUAAGGGACUUGUAUAUAUUAUAUGAGCAAACACAUUAUUUUUAAUUUCUCCACAGAUUUCAGAAAUCAGUAAAUUUAUAAAUGGAGAACAAGUUUCUAUUACUGCAUUGAGCACAAUUUCUGACCAAGAAAAAAUAAAGAAGGUAACUGAUGUAUUUCAUUUUGAGAUCUACUGUAGUCAUUCCCGAGGUGAUUGCUAUCAAGAAAUAAUCUGGAGUAAUUUAUCAGUUUAUUUGUAAUUACUGCAGUAAGUGAGCAAAUGACAAACAGAUGUUGCUAUCGUCAAAAUGAGAACAGAUGGGUCAAUAAUGAAUAUUUGAUGUACACAGGGGAUUCUAGGUACACAAUCUGGUAAGAUAUUAGAAAUAAUGAAAUUUGAUCAUUUUAUUUUUCUUUUCAGAUUUAUGGUAUCUUAGACGAGGAACUUCAAUGCAGUUCGCUGCAAGACGGCGUAAUCACACGAGUAGCAACCAAAGAUGCUGCGUAAUAUAAAUGAACUAUUAUUAGAAGGACUAAAUAGAAAGAAAUCAAUCUUUUACCCAAUAACAUUUAUUUAACAAGUAGCAAAGCCUCGGCUAUGCUCUGUUCUGUCGAUUUAGGCCGUUGCACGACACUCGAUAAAGCAAUCGCAACGACCAAUCACCGUGAAGAAAAAUAUCACAAGAAGCCAAUGAGAAUUCAAAGUAAAAAAACGCAAAAGGGCGGGAAAACGGGAGUGCCGAGUCGCGUUUGGGUGUAAGUUCUGCAUCUAAUUGGUGGAGAGGUUGGCGCGAGUUUCAUUGGACCAAUCACAGGGCGUGGUACAGCAAAACCAAUGAAAUCCUGGCUACUUUCGACAUUCGAUUGAAAACUGCUCGAAACCUGAGACUAAAAUGAUUACAUUGCUUUUAGAAGCAAUUGUGUGUCGCCCAGUGUCGCCCAUAACAAGAAAAACAAACCACAGGGGGUGUAGUAAAUAUUGUCCGUCCAUCUCGGUAGGAAUCUAACCAACCAUUUUGUCGCCUGUGGGUUUAUUCCUUAGUUGGGUCUAUACGCAGUUGGAUCAAUUUCUAUCACUGUGUACACGUUUGUAGAGUUGAAUAAAAGCAUUUAAGUUUCGAAACAACAGUUAUAUUGCCCUAUUGGUUUAGAUUCUCGCUUGC